GGGCCGGGCCCAGGAGCGCGCGGACGAUGCGGGCGUCCAGGCCGGGGUCGGCGGGCCCCUGAACCCGGCGCCCCUGGCAGCGAGGAGCCCCGCCGUGGCCGCGCGCCCGAGGCGGCCGGCCCGCCAUGGCCGGGGUCAGCUACGCGGCGCCCUGGUGGGUGAACCUCCUGCACCGGCUCCCGCACUUGGACCUGCGCUGGGAGACCACCAGUAGCCAGUUCCGGCCCGAGGACACCGACUACCAGCAGGCGCUGCUGCUUCUGGGAGCCGCCGCGCUCGCCUGCCUCGCCCUGGACCUCCUCUUCCUGCUCUGCUACUCCUUCUGGCUGUGCUGUCGCCCGCGCAAGAGCGAGGAGCACCUGGACGCCGACUGCUGCUGCACCGCCUGGUGCGUCAUCAUUGCCACCCUAGUCUGCAGCGCCGGCAUCGCCGUGGGUUUCUACGGCAACGGGGAGACCAGUGACGGCAUCCAUCGGGCCACCUACUCGCUCCGUCAUGCCAACCGCACGGUGGCAGGGGUCCAGGACCGCGUGUGGGACACCGCAGCCGCCCUGAACCGGACUGCAGAGCCCAGCCUGCAGAGCCUGGAGCGGCAGCUGGCUGCGCGAGCCGAGCCGCUGCGGGCGGUCCAGCGGCUGCAGGGCCUGCUGGACGUGCUGCUGGGCUACACAGCUGCCAUCCCGUUUUGGAGGAACCCAGCCGUGUCGCUGGAGGCGCUGGCAGAGCAGGUGGACCUCUACGACUGGUACAGGUGGCUGGGGUACCUGGGCCUGCUGCUGCUUGACGUCGCCAUCUGCCUGCUGGUGCUGGUCGGGCUUGUCCGCAGCUCUAAGGGCAUCCUGGUUGGGGUGUGCCUGCUGGGCGUCCUGGCCCUGGUCAUCGGCUGGGGUGCGCUAGGCUUGGAACUGGCGGCAUCUGUGGGCUCCAGCGACUUCUGUGUGGACCCCGACACCUAUGUGACCAGGAUGGUGGAGGAGCACUCAGUGUUGAGUGGGGACAUCCUGCAGUACUACCUGGCCUGCUCGCCCCGUGCCUCCAACCCCUUCCAGCAGAAGCUAUCGGGAAGCCACAAGGCGCUGGUGGAGAUGCAGGACGUGGUGGCUGAGCUCCUGAAGACUGUCCCGCGGGAGUACCCGGACACCAAGGACCCUCUGCUCCGUGUCCAGGAGGUGCUCAACGGCACAGAGGUGAACCUUCAGCACCUCACCGCCCUGGUGGACUGUCGCAGCCUGCACCUGGAUUAUGUGCAAGCCCUCACAGGCUUCUGCUAUGAUGGCGUCGAGGGCCUCGUCUACCUGGCCCUCUUCUCCUUCGUCACAGCCCUCAUGUUCAGCUCCAUCGUCUGCAGCGUCCCUCACACCUGGCAGCAGAAGAGAGCCCCUGACGAGGACGGGGAGGAGGAGCCUGCGCCCGGGCCACGGCAGGCUCACGACAGCCUCUACCGUGUCCACAUGCCCAGUCUGUACAGCUGUGGCAGCAGCUAUGGCAGCGAGACCAGCAUCCCAGCUGCGGCCCACACUGUCAGCAACGCCCCAGUCACCGAGUACAUGAGCCAGAAUGCCAAUUUCCAGAACCCCCGCUGUGAGAACACCCCUCUCAUCGGGCGCGAGUCCCCGCCGCCCUCACGAUAUCUAGCUGCCUUGGACUCUGGCAGCCACGCGGGCUGGCAGUUUAAGCCCAUGGACAGUGCCCGAACGCGGUGGUGGCCUCAGAGUGACAGUACACGUCCAGCAUGAGAGCCAAAUACCUCGCCACGAGCCAGCCUCGCCCCGACUCCAGCGGCAGUGGCCACUAGACUGCCCAGCCAGCCACCCACCCCACGUGCCAAUCGCCCUGCUCCUUCCCGUGCCAGCACUGCCGCUCACACCACGGCCACCUGCCAGACCCUCCGCACGUGUGCCAGGCCCCUUGCCCUCCCCUCCCCUUUCUGCAGGAGCCUGGAGGUUCGUGCAGGGACCCCAGGCUGGUGGAGACGUGCGCGCGCUGGGCCCGUGCCCUCGCCUUGGGUCCCACGCCUGGACACCGGGGAGCACUGCCGCCGACACCAGGGCCCUCCCGGCCCCCACCUCCCACAGCCCUCAGCUCUGCGGGUUCGGGAUGGUGCCGUCGCUGACGCUCACCCUGGCACGCUGACCCUCUGGACCUGCAGUCUCCUCGGCUCGCACCGCCUGCUCCUUCCCCCCACAGCCCUGAUGCUUCUUUGGUCACUUGUCAGUUCACAGGCUGCGCCUCGCGCUCCGUGCCGGCAUCGCGAGGCCCUCCCCGGCGCCCCCCGCUCCUCCCUGCAGUGUCUGUGGCUCCUCGUGCCCCACUGGACCACAGGCCCCUCCCGCCAGCUCCCAGAGCCUCCCGGGGAUGGCCCCCCUUUCUCUGCUCUCUCCCUCAGCGCCUGUGGCACCCAGCCCUCCACGGUGGCAGGAGGACAGCAGGUGUCCGGCCGAGCCCGGGCUGCUCCCCAGUGCUGGCCGCCGCUUGGUGCCAAACCCCCGUCCCCCACCCCAGACUCGGCAGCUUCUCCCGGUUCGUUCUUUGCACUAACCACUUGUCAUCUCUAGGGCAGGUGGGCCGUGGGGCUGCUGGCGGAGCACACUCCCUCCCGGUCCCCUUUCCGUCCCGGACAGGCGCAGUGUCCUGGAGCCCUGCCUGGGGGCUGGACCCGAGCUGGCUGUGAAUGAGCCCUUGGCCCCUGCCGCCCCCUUGGGACUAACCACUAACCUCACCCCAGCCUCCGUGGUGCCCCGGCUGAGCCAGCAAGUGUGACCCUGAAUCCAGGACAGCCGGCUGGGAGUCAGGCUGGAGUAGCCAUUUCUUCUCGGGGUGCCGCUUGGGGAGACAUAGCCCGACAGGCAGCCCGAGGGCCUGAAGAGCCCUUCCCUGGCAGGUGCUGCCUAGGAGGAUCAUGUCCUCGGGAACGAACGUCCUUGGGCUAUGGGACCAGGGCCCCUGUGGCCUCGGUCUCCCUACCUGUGAAGUGGGAGCAAGGCUUCCCUAAGGUGCUUUUGGCUUUAGUGUACAAUGUUUGCUGUUUCCUGCCAUGGUGUGGGGCCACCCCUAAACCAGGACGGGAAGUCCCCUGCCAGCCGUAGCCCUGGCCUGGCCAGCCUGACACAGGCUGGGUGCGAGCUCUGGACUAUGCGCCAGGCCAGGGGCAGCAGAAGGCCACCCAGCAGCCUCAUGUGUGCCCAGACCAGGGUCCCUACGCGGGAAGGCAGGCGUCUGGCCCCGCAAUUUACAGACAUACAGGCGGACUCCCAGAGCGAGGUCGCCUUCCCCUCCCCCAUGACCCUCUUUCUUUCUGCUGGUGUCUGGGACCAAAAGGCAGGUGGGGUGGGGGCCGGGCCACAUCUGCCCACCCCGGGGGCAGCCUCUGCCCUGGGAGGGGAGAGGAGUGAGGGGCAAACAAUGCCCCGGGUGGGCCUGCCCAGGGCCCCCACCUGGAAUCUGUCCCCGGCAUGGCCAGACCUCGCUGCACAGCACUGUGCUCCAGGCCCCCAGGAGGCGGGCCUUGCCCGCCUGCCCAGCCUUCCCCCCGGGACUCCACCCCGUGGCCCCGCAGUCCUGGGCCUGCCCGGCGCUCUGCACUGCCCAGAAGCACAGCCGGCCGCCCCAGAGUGCGCGGGAGGCAGAGAGGCACCGCCCUGCCGUGGCCUGUGGGGACUGGGUCCCACUGCGCGUGUGCCCGCCCUGUCAGCGAGUGCACCCACGGUUCUGCCACUCACCAAGGUCGAAUAAAGGAAAAGGGGAAAAACAAAAGGGUUUCAAACCUAAGCCUCAGUCCUUGGAGGGGAAGGGAGUCCUGUGUUGGUUUUCUUUUUGUUCUAAGUUCUUGGGGCCGCCUUCCUGACCAUCCCCCAUCCCAGUGACCUCUCCACACUCAUUCCCACUCCUGUACCAAUGGGCUCUGGGCCCCUCAGGCCCUGUCGCAUGUUGGGGGGAGGCCAUCAAGCCCACAGGCUCAGCCUCCCCGAGGCUGGGCCAGCUGGGGACCCCUGGCCGAUGGAGUCUGGCUGCUGCCGCAGGUUUGGGUAAGGGGAGGCCUGGUUGGAAGCCCCUGACACCUCCCAGCCAUGCCCACCCCAUCUCACUAUGCAAUUCCAGUCCAUCACCAUUCCCCUCCCUGCCCAACCCUGAGCAGGUGGGGGUGGCAUCUGGGGCCCGCGGGGGGUGGGGGGUGGAUUUUUGUUUUAACCAUAACAGUCGUGUGCUUGUUAAGGCUCCGACCCUCGACCUUCCGGGUCCCCUCCUGCCCCACCCCUGUGACAACAUCCCGAGCUGAAUGGGGACUCAGGCUUCAGCCACUGAGCACUUGCCUCCCACCUCCAACCUCCCCAGGGCCGCGGCUGGAUGUGCUGUCGCUGUGUUUCAGUUUUGGGUUUUUUUUUUUUCAAACUGGGUUUGGGGUUUGAUUUUUAUUUCUUUGGGGGCUUUAUUUUUCUUGGCAAAUACUAAAAUUUCGUCAAUGUAAUUUCUGUGGUUUCUAUUCAGCUUGGGUUUCAUGUUUUAAAAUAAAUUUUAAAAAACAGG